UUUUAAGCUCGAGCUGGUGGCAGUGUACCGCAGUGCAGCAGCUACAGAAGACACAACAACACGAACACUGUCUGUGAUCAAGACCAGACGUCUUAUAACAACACAAAAGGAGCUCCACGGUGACUUCAUGAUGCUUCUCCUCUUUCUGCUGGUGUCCACAGCUGUGGCCAGCCCUCUACUGGGAACGGAGCAGUGUGCUCGUGGACCCCCGUACUGGUGCCAAAAUGCCAAGACUGCUUCACUUUGUGGUGCCGUCUCCCACUGCCAACAAAAUGUCUGGAACCAGCCUCAUGUGAAAUCUGUGCCAUGUGACUUGUGCAAAGAGUUGGUGGCUGUGGUGGACAAACUGGUGAAAGACAAUUCAACAGAGUCUGAGGUCCUGAGCUACCUUGAGAAAAUGUGCCAGUUGGUUCCUGAUGAAGGCCUGGCUAGUCAAUGCAAGGAAAUUGUGGACAAUUACUUCCCUGUCCUCAUUGAUAUUAUUAAAGGAGAGCUGGACGACCCAGAUGUGAUCUGUAGCGCUCUUGGCCUAUGUGUAACCCAGCAGGAGGUUUUUGCCAAAGCCCAGCUCAUGUCAAAUGAGAUUCCUGAGUUGGAUCUGACCCAGAGGAUCAAUCCUUUACUCCUCAACAUCCCUCAGCUCCUUUACCCCAAGGAGAAUGCCAAUAAGGAGAAGGAGACCACCGCCAAGGAGGGUAACGAAGUGUGCGAUGACUGCAUAAAGUUCAUCACUGACACUCAAACGGCAGCCAAGAAAAACACCACCUUCAUCGACGCCAUGAUUGCACAGAUUGAGAGCCAAUGUGACCUGCUGGGUCCUGGUAUUGCUGAUAUUUGUAGGCAGUACGUCAGCCAGUACGCACCUCUAAUCUUCCAGCAGCUCAUGUCCAUGGAAAAGCAACCCAAAGACAUCUGUUGCCGUGCUGGUUUCUGUGACUCCACGACUAAAUCUGUGCCCAUGCUGAACCUCGUUCCUGCUAAAUCCAUUGCUGCAACAAAGACCUUCCCUGCCACUAAAUUGGUGAAGCCUUCCUACAUCAAACCUGCCAAGAAGAUGGUGCGUGCCCGUGACUCCCCACAAUGUGCCAUAUGUGAGUUUGUUAUGAAGGAGGUUGAAAGCUUAAUCCAGGACCAUACCACUGAGGAUGAAGUGGUGAAAGCUCUGGAGAAAGUGUGCAGCAUCCUGCCCUCUACCCUUUCUGCUCAGUGUAAGGACCUGAUUGAUACUUAUGGCCAGGCGAUCAUUGAGCUACUGGUCCAGGAAGCUGAUCCCAAGACUGUCUGCAGCCUUCUGGGCCUGUGCAAGGACGCGAGUCGCGCCUUCGUCCCGGUGAUGGUAAAGGCUGAGUUUGAGGCUGGUGGAUUCUGUGAUGUGUGCAAGAUGGCCGUGCGAUAUGUAGAUGGCAUCCUAGAGCAGAACGCCACAGAGGCUCAGAUCGAGGAGGCCGUGAAGAAAGUCUGCAACUUCUUGCCUGAGGAAUAUAAAACGCAGUGUGACCAGCUCAUUGAGCAGUACGAGCCUCUCAUUGUCCAGCUGAUGCUUCAGGCCCUUGACCCUGAAUUUGUCUGCAUGAAGCUGGGUGCAUGUCCUGGGGUGCUACGGAUGCUGUUGGGUCUUGAGCAGUGCAGCUGGGGCCCAUCCUACUGGUGCAAGAACAUGGAUACUGCCACCCGCUGUAAUGCGGUGAAUCACUGCAGACGCCUUGUUUGGAGUUAAAGACGAGUGGAGUGCACAAACUGACUCGAGGAGCUAAAGGAGAAUUUCUGUAGCGCUGUGUCUCUGUUUUACAAAAAUCAACCCUUCCUAUUGUUUUAUUUUAGAAAUUUAAAAUAGUGCUUUCAAAACUAAUUAAGCAAUUUAGCCACCUGGGGAAGAUUGAAGUUUCCAUUUGAGAGGGAACCUGUGGGAGAGACUGAGACUGAAUUGGAUGUCUUUAUUUUUAAACUGAACUUUAUGUUGACUUUUUGAUAAUGUGGGUUUUUUGUUUGUUCUUCUUUGAUUUAAUUGUGUAAUUGCAGGUGGCCUUGAAAGACAAGGUUAUGCUCUGAGCAAAGAGGAUGUCUGGGACCUCUGAAUGAACAGUUUUAAUUCUCUUAAAGGAAAACCUGCUCCUGAAACUGCUAUAGCCACUUAUAAAGCCAGUGAGAUGAUUUUAAACAUUUGUUUUUACUGAUUAAAAUGUUUGAUCCUAAUGGAAGUUUGUGUUUUUGCAGCGUGUUACAAUGGCAUACAUGUUCAUAUCAGUCUGAAAAUCCUGAAUUUCAUGUGACAUUACACUCAGUUUGUGUCCUAUUGCUCCCUCACACUGUUUUGGGUGUCUUGGUCAAAUGAUUAAGCUUCGUUGUGCUUCAAUCUUAACACUGAACUAUUUGUUGGAAUCUGUACAAAUCUUUUGUGGAAAAUAAACAAACAAAUCUA